GCUGGCUCUCAAAAGUGUAUGUGAAUCGACCUGCAGUGGUGAGGCAUGCAGAAGAAAUUAAAAAAUGGAGAACUCUGAAAGGUAAUUGGCAAGCAGCUUGGCUGCUGAAAGCUGUCACCUGCUUAGACCUCACCACUCUCUCGGGUGAUGAUACUCCUUCCAAUGUUCAAAGGCUGUGUUUUAAAGCAAAGCACCCUAUCAGAGAGGAUCUGCUCAAAGCCUUGGACAUGCAUGAUAAAGGUAUCACUGUUGGAGCAGUUUGUGUGUACCCUGCGAGAGUCUCUGAUGCUGUGAACACUCUCAAGGCUGCUGGUUGUAACAUACCAGUGGCUUCAGUGGCUGCUGGGUUUCCAUCUGGACAAACUCCUCUGGAGACCAAACUGGCUGAGAUAAAGCUGGCAGUGGAAUAUGGGGCCCGGGAGAUUGACAUUGUCAUUAGCAGGAGCCUGGUGCUGACUGGCCAGUGGGAAGGUCUGUACGAGGAGAUCCGUCUGUGCCGUGCGGCCUGUGGAGAAGCUCACAUGAAAACAAUCUUGGCUACAGGUGAACUGGGCUCCCUUGCCAAUGUCUACAAAGCCAGUAUGAUAGCUAUGAUGGCAGGGUCUGACUUCAUAAAGACAUCUACAGGAAAGGAGGUGGAAAACGCGACCUUUCCCGUUGGCAUAGUCAUGAUGCGAGCCAUUAAGGAGUACUACUGGCAAACUGGCUACAAGGUUGGAUUUAAACCUGCAGGGGGCAUUAGGACUGCCAAGGAAGCUAUUACUUGGCUCAUGCUGGUGAAGGAGGAGCUGGGAGUGGAGUGGAUGACCCCGGAGCUCUUCCGCCUGGGCGCCAGUAGUUUACUGGGAGACAUUGAGCAGCAGAUUUUCUAUCAUGUGACUGGCUCUUAUGCACUUCAGCAUGAACUGGCAAUGGCUUAGACACAAAACCAACUCAGGAUUACUUUUACAAAAGAGGUCUUUAAGCAAACAGCAUUCAGAAGUCUUCUGACAACCAAGUGCAUAUGAUAGAAUUAAAGGCCUAAUUCUCCCUUCUUCAUAGUUCAUGGUAUUUAAAAAUAUGCUCAAGUCUGCUGGUUGUACUUGAUCCAAAAGCAGAAAAAAAGUGGCAUUUCUGAAAUAGUUAAAUAGUUAAUACAUACAGAUUUGCAAAGUUAAUCUUGCAAAGUUCCUCAGACCAGCCUGAAAAGCUUAUUAAUGGCAACACUGAAAUACUAUGAAAAAGAUUUAGGUGGCCUGGUAACACUUUGCAUUCUCAGAAUAUGAAAUAUGUAUGGAAUGUUUCAGAUUGCUAAUUAAAAGCUACUGAUCUUGGAAUAGAUUUCCAUUCACCUCAGACAAAAUCUUCUGGCACAGAUGUGUUGCACUAUUAAUUCUUCUGUUGAUUCAGUCUCAAGCAUUGUAAGGGGAAAGAAGAAUGAAACUUGGCUAUUAUUUCUCUUUUAUCAAAUGUCUUCUGUAGCAAAAAAAAAAAAAGGCAACCAGAUAUCUUUUUUAUUUUUUCUAUUUUCCCCCCCAAACUUGGGCACAGACAUCCAUAUUUAGACCCUUGAAUAAAAGUGGCUUGAUUUCUAGAACAGCUGAGUAUCCACAGUUGCUCCUGAAGUUAAUGGGAGCUCUGGGUGAUCAGAACAACUGAAAAUCAAGCAGUCUCUAUAUAGGUGCCUAACUAUGCAUUCAGGGGCCUAUUUUUAGGCAUUUCACUCUUAAAAUUUUAGUCUAACUUGCUUAGAAGCUCCAAUUCCUGUCUCCUGUCAUUUUGAAACACAUUCAUGCAAAUCUUUCCAUUUUAAUGUAGGGGGGGUGACUGUCAGUUUGCAGGUGUCACUGCUAGGCUGGCUGAACUUCAACUUUGCCAUUCCAAAAGAAAUACAUGAAUUUAAAAGAUGAUCUGAAUUGUGUCCUGUAUGGGGUUUAAUGCUUUAAUGUAAAAAAAAAAAGUGGUUUUUUCAGAGCACAUUAAGAACAAUACCCAAAUCACCAGCACUUCUUGAAUAUCAGACUGGAAUUGGUAGAUUCAUUUUAUCAGAACUGCAUUCUGCUCACUAACCAGAGUUGUACUAAAAACUUAAUUAUCUUAUCAUCAUGACUAGUCUCACUGACUUAAGUAGGUCUCAUCAUGGAAGUAGAGGAGGAGGAGGAGGAUUUUGCUGUAAAUCAAGCUACAAGGUGCAUUUAUUACAAAGAGAUUUAUUAUAAAGAUAAUAACUCUGUUAUUUAUCUGGCUAUACCACCUGAAUCACUAGAGUGCUACAAUAAACCUUGGACAGAUAGGAAAGCUGAUUAGGGAAAAAAAAUCAAGAAAAACAACAUAUACAGAAAGCAAAAUCCUAUAUGAAGUGCUCAGGAUUAAAAAAGGACCUUAAUUUCUCAGGAAAUUGUUCAUCCAAGGCUUUCAGUCUUUUUCUACUUUAGGUCUCAACAUACAAUGUGAGGCUGAGCUGUGACUCUGUUUUCAUGUUUGUUUUCCUGAAAAUGGCCCAUUUUUACCAUGACUUUUCCAUCUGAUUUCAUUGCCAAUUUCAUCAAGGAAAAAUUCAAGUGCCUGUCUGCAUAUGGAGGGGAAAAUUCUGCUGCUGAGCUUUCAGAAACACAGAGCCUCUUACAAGAAAUCAGCUCCCACCAGGUUUCUCCCAGCCUGACCUUCUGCUGUGCCCUCCCAGCCACCACACACUGGAUUUUGCUGUUGUUUAGCUCAAAUAAAUGUUAAUAAAUGUUAUAAAUGUCCACA